AUGUUGCGCGUGGUAAGCUGGAACAUCAAUGGGAUCCGGAGACCCCUGCAAGGUCUGGGAUGCGAGGUAAUCAGCAACUGUCCCACAGCCUUGAGACAUAUUUUAAGGGAACUGGAUGCCGAUAUAGUCUGUCUCCAGGAGACCAAAGUGAGCAGAGAUGCGCUGACAGAGCCCCUGGCUGUUGUUGAGGGCUAUAACUCCUAUUUCAGCUUCAGCCGCAGCCGGAGUGGCUAUUCUGGUGUAGCUACUUUCUGUAAGGACAGUGUUACACCAGUGGCUGCUGAAGAAGGCCUGAGUGGUCAGUUUGCCACCCUGAGUGGGCAUGUCGGUUGCUAUGGAAACAUGAACGAGUUCACCCAAGAGCAACUCCGGGCUCUGGAUAGCGAGGGCCGGGCUCUCCUUACACAGCACAAGAUCUGCACACAGGAAGGGAAGGAGAAGCCUUUGACCCUGAUCAAUGUGUACUGCCCGCAUGCCAGUCCUGGGAACCCUGAGCGGCUGACCUUUAAGAUGCGUUUCUAUCGCCUGCUGCAGAUCCGAGCAGAAGCACUCCUGGCAGCCGGAAGUCAUGUGAUAAUCCUGGGGGACAUAAAUACAGCCCACCAUCCCAUUGACCACUGUAAUGCUGGCAAUCUGGAGUGCUUUGAAGAAGACCUGGGACGUAGAUGGAUGGAUGGCUUGCUCAGUAACCUGGAAUACCCGGCUGGGUCCCAUAUAGGGCCUUUCAUGGAUAGCUACCGCUAUUUCUAUCCAAAACAGGAGAGGGCCUUCACCUGCUGGUCAAUGAUCAGUGGGGCACGCAGUCUCAACUAUGGUGCCCGACUUGACUACGUCCUAGGAGACAGGGAUCUAAUUAUAGACACUUUCCAAGAUGCCUUUCUGCUCCCCGAGGUGAUGGGCUCUGACCACUGCCCUGUGGGAGCUGUCUUGAAUGUGUCCUGUGUGCCAGCGAAACAGUGUCCAGCUCUGUGCACCCGUUUCCUUCCCGAGUUUGCAGGUACCCAGCUCAAGAUUCUUGGCUUCCUGGUCCCUUGUGAACAAGAACCUAUGUGCGGGCAGUCAGUCCUGCAGCCCAGCAAACAAAUCCAACCACAGAAACAAAGAAAAUCUCAAGCCCAUAGGCAUUCAUCCAGGCCUCGAAAGCCUGGUUCCAGAAGACCCCAGAAAAACCUGAGGAGCUAUUUUCAGCCUUCUGUUAGCCUUUCCCAGACUUCUCCUGCUGUGGAACUGCCUCAGCUGCCUCUGGUGGGCACUCUCGUAACUCCAACAACUCUGGAAGGGGAAGUGAUAGCCACAGGGACCGAUAAGCAGGUCAAGGUUUCUGAGGUCAGAGAUGAGAAGGAGGCACAGACCUCAUUCUGGAAGUCCGUGCUGAGUGGGCCAUCACCAAUGCCCCUCUGUGGAGGCCACAGGGAGCCGUGUGUGAUGCGGAUCGUGAAAAAACCAGGACCUAAUCUGGGCCGCCAUUUCUACACAUGUGCCAAGCCACAAGGUCCUCCAAAUGACCUCUCAUCAAGCUGCAACUUCUUCCUGUGGAGCAAGCCCAGAUGA